CAUCCUCACGCGGGGCUUACGUUGAGGACAUUUGAGGAACUCUCCACAACAAACAAGACUCGUCUCUCUCCUAAACCAGAGCGUCCUGUCCUAUAGUGUGUUUGUUUUAGGACAAGUGAGUUUCGUUCAGUGAUGUUCGCCGGUGGUUUGUGGUUGUGUGUGCUGGCCGUGUUUCAGCUCGGCUGCCUGGCUUCUUACGACCCUGAUGAGGUUUUUCAGCUGCCAGGUCUGGGGUUCAAAUGUAAUUAUCGACAGUGGUCGGGAUACCUCAAGGCACGACCAGCAACGUUUCUCCAUUAUUGGUUUGUGACUUCUCAGGGGGACCCGGUCAAAGACCCUCUGGUGCUCUGGCUGAAUGGAGGCCCAGGCUGCAGCUCGCUGGAUGGCUUCCUGUCAGAGAACGGACCAUUUCACGUAAAUGAUAACGGGGCCAUGCUGGAUGACAACCCAUUCAGCUGGAACAAGAUUGCCAAUGUGCUGUAUAUAGAAUCCCCUGCAGGAGUAGGAUAUUCCUACUCUGAUGACAAAAAAUACGCCACCAAUGAUGACCAGGUUGCGGAAGACAAUUACAGAGCCCUGCAGAGUUUCUUUGGCAUGUUCCCAGAGUUCAGUCAAAAUGAGUUCUUCAUCUUUGGGGAAAGUUAUGGUGGAAUUUAUGUACCAACCCUCAGCCUGCGUGUGGCCACUGGACCUGCCAAAAUCAACUUCAAGGGCUUUGCAGUGGGAAAUGGUCUCAGCAGCUUUGCGAUCAAUGACCAAACUUUGAUCUACUUUGGUUACUAUCAUGGCCUCUUUGGAGAAGAUUUGUGGAGUGAUCUGAACAUAAAUUGCUGUGACAAGGAGAACUGUAACUUCUACAACUCCACUUCAGAGACCUGCAAGACGCUGGUGAAUGUGGCCUUUGAUAUUGUGUAUAAUAGCGGACUUAACGAGUAUGCCCUGUACCUGGAUUGUGAGGGUGACAGAAUAUACCACAAAGGCUACGAGAGGACAAUGAGUCACCUGUUUAUGAACUACAGGAAACGCCCACACACCCACAAAUUUUCAGAUAAAGCGCGUUCUCCCGUGUCCCUGGGUGGAGUCCCUCCCUGCAUCAACAGCACAGCUCAGAAGAACUGGCUGAACCGAGGCGACGUGAGGAAAGCUUUACAUAUUCCAGACACACUGCCAGCAUGGGACUUGUGCAGUGAUGAUGUUGCAGAGCAGUACACCACUCUAUACUCAACAAUGAAGGAAGUCUAUCUGAAGCUUCUCUCUCUGGGCCUGCAGGCGCUGGUCUACAACGGAGACACCGACAUGGCCUGCAACUUCCUGGGAAACCAGUGGUUUGUAGAAGACCUCGGCCUGAAGGCAACCACAAAGUACCAGACCUGGAUCUAUGAUGACCAGGUUGCCGGUUUCUACCAACAGUUUGGAAACAUCACUUUUCUGACUGUCAAGGGUGCAGGCCACAUGGUUCCUCAGUGGGCUCCAGGACCAGCUUUUGGCAUGUUCCAGUCUUUUCUAGAGAAGGGCUCCUACUGAGUCAAAAUGUCACAUGCCUGCAGUCUUCACUUGCUAAAUGAUGCAUUUUUCUCAGGGAAGAUGAUUUUGGAGGGAAAAGGUCUGUGAGGGCACUUCAUCAUUCAUAAGGUACCUGCAGUGUUUGGAGAAGGACACAGUAUUAGCUGUGUUCACUUUGUUCUGCAUCACAUUGGAUUUAAAAUGAAUCAGUUUAAGUGUCAGCUUCCAGCUUUUUGGAUGUUUACAUCUAUAUUGGGCUAAUAGUGUAGGGCUUGAAACCCCCUUUUUUAGUCAGUCUCUGUGUUAAUUGUAAAUAAUUAUCAUGUUUAUUAUUUGGUUACCAGCCAGCUUUACUUCUUGCUCAUUGUCGGGUUUUGUGCCUUCAGUCUGGAUUUCAGGUAGUGAAAAGCAUCUGCUCAGUUCUGCUUGGCUUUAAAAACUCCUUUGUGGCCUUGUCGUCUUUUAUAAGAUUGUCCUAAAACUGGGAAACUACACAUGUGUAAAACGGUACAAGUCUUCUACUAUUCACCCAAAAUACAAGUGAAAACCCUGCUUAAAAAGUUAGCACUUUGACCUCACUGAUUCAUUUCUUAUCUAAUGUAAUGAAUCAAAAGUCAAAACAGAGAAUAUCCUUUUCCACAUACAUACACUGCACUUUACAUGAUCAAAUGAGGUAAUUUUCUGUGGCACUGAUUUAAAGCAGAGUCUCUGCGUUUGCAGUUUUCAAUGACCUUUCCAGCAAAAGGUGUUGAAGACCUAUAAUGAUUGUUCUGUACUUCAAUGACAAUGCACAAACUGUCUUGAUCAAAACUGCAACUUCACUUGCAUUUGUCUCUUUAUUAAAGAAUUGCCAGUAGCA